AUGCAUCACAUCAUAUACAAAAACAACCUUACUCAGCUAAACCCGUCUGUACCCCCUCCCCCCAAUUCUUCAGCUCUCCAAGAUUAAUCUUUUCUCAGUGAUUCAUCUAGGGUUUCUCCCCGUCUGGGCUAAAUCAAGAAUAUGAAGAACAUUUGAAGCUGAAAACCCUGAAGCUUUGGAAAAAGUUUUAGUCUUGAAUGUAUACAACAGAAGUUAAAACAGAAGAUGGCGGCUAAUCUGACGUCCAACUUAUCACGAGGCGGUCGAUCUCUACUAAGUGGUCUUAUCAAUGGUAAUGGCUCUAGUUUACUGAGACCUACAUGUGAAACUACAAGAAACCAUCUCCAUGCUCAGUUGCAGCAGCAAAGGACUUUCAUACAGAUGAGAACAAAGCUCAAUGUGGUUGAUAACUCUGGAGCUAAACAAGUAAUGUGUAUACAAGCAUUAAGAGGAAAGAAAGGGGCAAGGUUAGGAGAUAUUAUAGUGGCUUCUGUGAAAGAAGCUCGUCCAGGGGGAAAAGUAAAGAAAGGGGAUGUUGUACGAGCUGUCAUUGUGCGAGCUGCCAUGCAACGAGGCCGUUGUGAUGGGAGUGAAGUCAAAUUUGAUGAUAACGCGGUUGUUAUUCUUAACAAGCAAGGCGAACCAAUUGGAACCCGAGUGUUUGGCCCGGUCCCUCACGAACUACGUCAGAAAAAGCAUCUCAAGAUUCUUACAAUGGCUGAACAUCUUGCUUGAUGGUUGUGGUUUGUGCCAAUCAAUUGUCACGUAACCUCGCCAUGGAUGUAAUAACCUUCCAAAGGCUGUGUUAGAUUCACUUGGUUGAACAACUGGAUUAACAUGAUUACAUGAGUAGUGAAGUAUUUAAUACUCGUUGGAACAUAACUUUGAUGACUACUGACGGAGGGAUUAUAUGUAUGUUUGAAUUAGUUUAUAUUACCUUCCACUUUUAUAAAGCAUAAGUAUAAAUAUCUCAUAUUCAAAUUGUAUUGACUAGAUUUCAUAAAUCAUCUUGAUAUUAAUUCAAUGCAAAUUUAAGAUC